UAAGGACCCCCGCCUCCCCUAGCAGAAAAGAUGUCGAGCCCGAACGGAACAGGCCAAGCCAGCGCUUCCAAUCUCAAUCCGGAGACCACCACUUCGGAGCCUGAGCAAUCAUGGCUACUUAAAGAAAUGAGAGAAAUAUCGGAAGAAUUUCCUGAAGUUAAACCUUUCAUAAACACGGACGAAAACAGCGACGAUUCCAAGCCGAUAAUCGAGUUUAGUGCCGACUUCAAGUUCAAGGCCGAGCUGCGCAAGUACGACAAGGAGAUUCGCAUUGUCCAAAGGUUGAUGGAAAGUAUAUUUCAAAAGCGUCCUCAACCAACAACUCUCAAAAUAUUUUUCGAGCGGUGUCGCCGUGCCGGCGAACCAGUUUUUGGUAUAACCGCCAUUGACCGCUGUUCACGCAAAGAACUUAUUUCUACAAAACCCUGGACUUUUAAAUACACCGAGCCUAACGUAAAGUACGCCAUCCUUGAUGCGUUUUGCUCCUUGGCAGUCGAAAAGCGUCAUCAAUUGGAAUGGGAGUAG